CUCCCUCAGACUGCAGCCUGACUGUGUGCCCCUGUGUUUACAGAUCUGAUGAGGCUGCGCGCGCAGCUUCCUGCUCUAUGUUGUCCUGCUCCUCUAUGAUGGCGGUCUCUGAGAGAUGGACUUAGUGUCCAGCCUCGUGUCUCUGACGGUCUCUAAGGUCUUACAGGGUUCAGGUCUCUGGGGGGUCCGGGAUGAGCUGAAGAGGAAGAGGAUGGAGGAGAAAGCGUUAGAAGUGUACGAUGUGAUCCGAUCGAUCCGGGACCCGGAGAAGCCCAACACCCUGGAGGAGCUGGACGUGGUGACGGAGAAAUGUGUGGAGGUCCAGGAGCUCGGGGAGGACGAGUUCCUCAUCAUCAUCAAGUUCUCUCCCACCGUGCCUCACUGCUCUCUGGCCACUCUGAUCGGACUGUGCUUACAAGUGAAGCUGCAGAGAUGUCUUCCUUUCAAACACAAGCUGGAAAUUUAUAUUUCAGAGGGAACUCAUUCCACCGAGGAGGACAGUGAGUCUGCUUUACUCUUCUCUGAACCGUUCCUUUAAUAAGAAUCUGUCUGA